AUGCCCCUUGUUUCUCGUGUAUGGGCUUCAACCCCAAUACAAAAUGUGAUGAACUCGACUAUUGUCCGUUUUCUAACUGAAAUGUUGAUGUUUAUGGUGUUUACCAUCAUCAAUAUCAAAGCUUCACCUGUCGUUGUUGAUGACCACAAGGAAGUCGUAUCUAGUACCACGACCGCCACCACUACCAGAACUAAAGUUCAUGAAAGUGAAUCAUGGCCUACUCCUUCACGUACGCCCACUUCUGAAUAUGAUGUAUCUGAUCAUGAUGAAGUUGAAUCUCAUCCAUUAUUUCCAGUUAUCUCCAAUGGCAACUUUACCGAGAAAACAGCUGGCUUGAAUGCUGCUUCUGCUCCAGUUCAAUCUCACCCCCAAUUGUGUUCUACUGGAUUAACCACCAGAUUAUUGCCUUUCAAAAACUCCAAGGGAGAAAUCGAAUGGGCUUUUACUGAGGAUGUUCCUGGAAAUGAAUUGGAUGUGUUCAAGUUGAAUACCAAAGAUCAUACUUAUAAGGUGGCCAAAGACAUUAGACCAAAGAAAGAACCUUCCUCUGAUGAAGACUUAAGUGAAGUCGAAUCAGACGAUUAUCAGCAUCAAGAUAAGAAUAAUAGUCGUCAAGGUAUUGAACUAUCCCCAAUAACCUCCAACUCUUCAAACAAUGAAUCCAUUGAUUCGCCUCAGUUAAAUAAGAAGUUAGACACUCAAAAUUUCACAUCUCCCACUUCAAGUGAACUUGAAUCUGCUGAUGGAGAUGGAGACGUUGACGUUGAUGGUGAAGAUGGUGAAGAUGGUGAUAAGAUUCACCAUUGUCCUCACUGUGAAGCCACGUUUAAGAUUAGAGGAUAUUUAACUAGACAUUUGAAGAAGCAUGCGGAUACAAAAGCUUAUACCUGUCCUUUCCACAAGUUUUCCAUUUACAUUGAUGAACAUAACAAUACUCAUAAAUGCCAUCCUAAUGGUGGGUUUUCAAGAAGAGAUACUUACAAGACCCAUUUGAAGUCUCGCCAUUUCAAAUACCCUAAGGGUAUUAAAACUAAGGAUAGACCAAGAUCUUCCGGUAACUGUUCUAUGUGUGGGGAAUUUUUUGAAAAUGCUGAAAUUUGGUGUGAAAUUCAUGUUGAAGGUGGAGAAUGUAAGUAUCUCCCACCCGGAUUCAAAGGUAAAUCUAGAAUUAAAAAUCGUUUAAGACGAGAAAGAAUUCAAAGAGAAAAGGCCAUACAACGGAAAAUGAGACAACAAAUCCUGCGAGAUCAAAAGAAUGGAGUCAAUCCAAGAUCAUCGCAACAAGGAGGUAUUUAUCCAUCUCAAGACCAAUCCAAUUUUACGGGCCUUGAUAGCGAAUAUUCCACACCAUUUAUGGACACUCCAAAGUCAAUAAAUACUCCAGUUCACAACACUGAACAAUCACCAGGAGCAUAUUCAGUUCAAUCACAUCAUACUGUGAAUUCUAGUGGAUCACCAAUUUAUAAUCAAAUGCAUCAACAGCAACCAAUACCUCAGCAACCUAAGCCACAAACAUUUAGGGAAGACUUCGGGUUCCCACAACUAUUGAAUAAUAAUAGUAAUAAUGACGACUAUACCUACCCAAAGCAACAAGCUACUCAAUUUCAGUAUGCUACCCAACUUUUCACUCCCCCAGUGUUGAAUUCUCUGUAUUCUUCACUGUCAACAUCCGUUUCACAUGAAGAUUACGAAGACGAUUAUUGUCUUGAUGUAGACCAAUUGACUUAUGUGCCAAUUGAUCAACCCAAAGAAGAACCACAAAUUCCACAUCGGGAACCUUCGCCUAACAUUUGGAAUUAUUUAAAGGCUCAAGGCUCGUUGAACUAUCAAGAGGUGAAAGUUGAACGGUAUGUUUGA